GUCCCCUGCGGUAGAGACGUCAUGGGCGUCCUUCAGCGGAGGAAAGAUGGCGUCUGCUACGCGCGUCAUCCAGCUGCUGCGGAACUGGGCGUCCGGGCAUAACUUGCAAGCGAAGCUGCAACUGCGGUACCAGGAGAUCGCCAAGCGGACUCAGCCUCCUCCCAAGCUCCCCGUGGGCCCCAGCCACAAGCUCUUUAACAAUCACUACUGUACGCGAGAUGGCCGCCGGGAAUCCACGCCACCCUCGGUCAUCAUGUCCUCACAGAAGGCUCUGGAGUCGGGCAGGCCGGCAGAGAGCUCAUCUGUGGCAGCCACAGAGAAGGUGGCCGUGACGCCAGCUCCUCCUCUAAAGAGGUGGGAGCUGUCCAGGGACCAGCCUUACUUGUGACACUGACGGGACCGGCUGUCCACACCCUCAGGCCACCUGUGCUUUUCCUCCUUGGACUCCCUCUGGGGAGAAAAUGACCUAAUUUAUGACAAAUAUAUGGAGCUCUAGUAUCA